GCCACGAUUGGGCUGACGAGCAUCGCGUUGACGCUAAGGGCGAUAAAACGGGGUCGCGGUUGAUCGAGGCUGCAUUCUCGCUUUUCAAGCGAGCGUGCGCACGCGAGAGACGCCUCGGCACCGUGCCGCUCCCGACAACGAACGAGUGUGCCGCUGUGCACACUCUCUCCCCCGUCGACUCACUCCUCCGUGGUCGGGUUUGCCGAGGUCGUCUCGGGUGUCCGUACGCGACGCGCUUGUGUCAGGUAAGUGACGUUGCGCCGACAGCAAACCACGGCCGUCGCACGAUGGUAGCGACGCGACUUUCGUACUGCCGCAUGGCGUUGUCGCGAAGAUCGCAGCACCGGCUCUGUUGGCGGACCGUCGUUCGGCGUUGCCAUCGAACACACCGGACGCACGAUGCCGUCUCCUCGCCGGGAACGUGGUGUAGCGGCCGCUAAACGUGCUCGUCGAGCGACAGCUGCUACGGAAUUCCGUGUUGUGCUCCUCGCAGUGUGCGCCGUCGGAGGUGUACGCAGUGGUCCAUGACUGCGGGGGCACACGUGAUCGCGCUUGUAUGCGCAGUGGAACGCGCCGAGUCGAAUGAUUGUACUUCCUCGGCUGCGACACCGAUACGACCGAUAUUCUUCGCGCUUCGCUGCGUCGCUGACGGCUGAUGCGAUGGCGAAACACUCGGCGCGCUGCCGAUAAGGAAGCUCGGCCCCGAUAGGAGCGUCGGAACGAAGUCCACGCCGCUCAGUGGGAUGUAUAAUCGGCGCUCCGUCCGAUGAGUAUAUGACAACGUAUAUUGCCGUGGCCGACAGCCCCCGAUUAGGCGGCUCGCUGUUUGCGAUGGCUUCUGCCGCGAAGCCGGCCGCCCCCGUCGGGAAGCGGGCGAAGGUCGGCGUCAAGACUCCCUGCGGAGAUCUACUGCUUGAUUUAGAUCUAGAUCAGCCACUGUUCACUAUCGUCGAGUACGUGUGCCAAGAAGUGGGCAUCACCGAGCCCGACCUCUACGCGAUUAAGUACGACGGCAGCGAAGUGUACAUCUUCGACGCCAACCGGCAGGACAUCAGGAACGGUGACAUGCUCCAGCUGGUCCGCAUGCCGAUGAACAGGAACGAGGUAAUCGAGAAGCUGAGCUCCGGAACACCGGACGAGAAAGCGGAAGCCCUGCAGGCGCUGCUGAUCCUGGCCGCGGAUCCCGAUUCCGCCGUCAAGUUCAUUGCCCGCGAAGGUCACAAAAGCAUCGUGAGCUGGAUCGAAGUCGGUGUGUACAAGGGGAACCUGCUUUGCCGAGCGAUUCAGUGUCUCCAGGGUUUGAUCGAUCAAGGCCUCGUAACGUGGGAGAUCUUUUCCAACAAGUGUUUGAGUAGGAUACUGAAGGAAACGAACUCUGCCAAUGGUACUGAGUGGAAUAAUGUGGAAGUGUUUCUCAGCGCGCUGGAAUGUGUAGUGACGAGUAACCCGGCUGCAUAUGAAACCGUUUUCAUGGGCAUGCCUUGGGAGCGAUAUGCAGUGUUGAUGCAGGAAGGUUCGGUAGUGGUCAUGAGGAAUUGCAUCAUGCUGUUGAACGCCCUUUUUGCCCAAGGUAGUCCUGGUAACAGAGACGCCCUUAAGAACGCCAUAAGUAACUGGAAGAUAAAGAGCGUCGUGUGGACGAGGCUGAAGAAUUACGGACAAGUCGAUUCGGAACUGGCGCAUGCUCUGCAUGUCUUUCAAGCCCAGAUGCUUGGUUUAUAUGAGCGGCUGCGAAAUGCCAGAGUUGACACCGCAGACCUGGCUUUGAAUGGCAAGGUCGACAUUCUCUUGAAGCUCGCGCAGAGUGGUUUAAAGUCAGAUGACGCCAGGUAUAAGCAGCUAGACUUCAAACGACGCCUGUCAGUCCACCACACCGCCAUGGGGCUUGAGGACGUGAGAGUUCCGUUGAAGAACUUCGCGAAGCCGGCGGGCAGACUUGCCAUAGAGAACCUCUUGUACUUCGCUGACAAGUACAACUUGAGCUUUACCACGGCAAUUCAGGAGAAUCUGUUCAGCUCGUCCGAGCACAUGUGUCCCUUGGUCGAAAGUAGCAUCCUGCUGACCGAACUCUUGUGCCGCGUGUUCAGAGUGGGCGAGCCGGCUGGUGACGAAAAAACGUUCUUGCUCAUGUACUUCUCCCACGAGUGCUUCUUCGAGGAAGUGUUCAGUGUGUGCAUGCUACUCGUGUUCAAGACGUGGCGUGAAAUGAAGGCGUCCAAGACGAGCAUUCGCAAGGUCUUCGGUAUUGUGAACCAGCAGAUUGUGCGGGCGCUCAAGCUCAAUCCCCAUUGCCUGGACAUCAACAGCUUCCGCACGACGCUGUCAUCCCUGCCUUACUCGGAAAUCGUCAAACAACUGCAACGAGAGAACGACGAACGCAAGGCGUCUGAGAGACAGUCUCGAGCGGUGAACCAGCUGAGGGACUCGUUCCGUGCAGAAAUCAUCUCUUUGGUGAAUGAGAACCGCAUCAACGUUCUCUGCAAAGGAUCGAGGUUCCAAAAGUACGGAGCCAAAGGGAACCGCAUCAAGGAUGGUUAUGUCUUUGUUAAGCUUUCACACAACUUAAAGGCCCUUCACUAUGGUGACUGCAAUGCCACCUGCGAUGACGUUGACAUCGAAGAGCUGCCAGAGAGUAUCGUGGUGUCGGACAUCGAAAUGAUCAACACGGGUGCGUCAUGCCCUCACGCGCGCAAGGCGGCCAGGCAGAUCGUCGACCUGGCUUUUUCAAUUGUGAUCUGUAACGAUGGCCAGCCGCUCAAUCUGGUCGCUCCUAAUGCAAAGGUGCUCAACCGUUGGCUGGACGGACUGAACGUCUUAAUGGGCAACGCUGCGAAUAGUAUCGAGGCGCGCGGAGACAUGGGCAUUCUGUUGGACAUGGAGGUUCGACUUAGGCUUCUGGAAACCGAAGGCAUCCACAUCCCCGAAACGCCCCCUCCAAUCCCUCCCCCGCCGUCAAACUUCGACUUCUCCUCGAGGUUUUUCGGCAGCCUGUGAAAACUCGUCUUCUGGUGUGGGACUAUUUCUAACGGCGCAGUCUUUUGUAACCAGCUAGCUGCUCCUAUUGUGUGAUAUUAACUAGUCUCAUUCAAACUGUGCCUAUUCAACAAAACUGUACAGCUUCUCUAUAUUGAGUCACAGCGCAGUCCACUUAUAAAGCCAGUGAAUAUUAUUUACUAUAUGUUAGUCAUAUUUGUGUUGUCACUAUGAAAAAAUAAGUCACACAUAGCAACCAAGGACAGCGAUUGCAAAUCAUGGGGCAAAGCCAUCAUUGGGCCUUCUAAACAAUUUUUUCAGACUAAAUGGUACUGGUGGGAAUGUCAGUACAUAUGACAGGUUUUCUCAAAAAAGUCCCGUACAGCUGAUAGCCACUUACAAUUAAACGUAAGGUUGCGCUGUUUUAAAGGCUUCAUCACACUACAUUCCAUGAUGCUAGGCCGUGGAAAUGUCACACUUUUAUGCGCACAAAAACUUUUCAAAAAUAUUUCUGCAUGCCAACUUGCCCGCCUCAUGAAUAUCUUUUAUAACUAGACUGUGCUUUGUUCAUUGCCCUCUGUUUAUAAAGAAGCAAGCGAGUUUGAUAGCAAUGCAAACUCCGAAGUGUUCGAAUGAGUACAACUGCCUUCAACAAUGUUCCUCCUGCAACCAAAGCAAUUAUAGUCAUCAACUUCAGGCAAUUAAGUUACGCAUCGGAAUGAGUCAUAGUAAGUCAGUGUCGUUGACAUGCUAUAAAUAAUAUCACCUA